AAUAUUCUUUUCCAGUCACACAAGCAUUGAUAAUAUGAGGUGCAAUAACUCUUAAAUUUUAUACGACAUGCCUGCUUAUAUAAAGGGUCCCUGCCUGUUACUGGUCACGUGGCGCCGCAAACUGGAAGAGGAAAAAGGCGACGCUUAUUCUCGCUCAGAAAUCUUCAGUGACAAGGGCUUAAAAGAAUGAAGAGAUCAUUGGAGGGCGUCCCAAGAGCUUCCAGGCAGAAUGUUGAGGAACGGGAACAAACCACGCCAAAGGACCAGUAUGGUGCCUUUGAUUACCGCAAGGAGGUAGAGCUUCGAGAUGACCACGAGACUCGACCUCUUUGGGUAGCCAGCAAUGGCCACAUCUUCUUGGAAUCUUUCUCACCUUUGUACAAAUAUACUAAGGACUUCCUGAAUACCAUCUCAGAGCCUGUAUGCAGACCAGAGCACAUUCAUGAAUACAAAUUGACAGCAUACUCUUUGUAUGCAGCUGCCACUGUUGGUCUUCAAACUCACGACAUCAUAGAAUACCUGAAAAGACUUUGCAAAACCACACUUCCUCCAGGCAUUUGUGAGUUUAUUCAGAGUUGUACUCUCUCCUAUGGUAAAGUUAAACUUGUUUUGAAAAAGAAUAGAUAUUAUGUGGAGAGUGAUUUCCCUGAUGUUAUCCAGAAACUCAUUAAACAUCCAGUCAUUUAUGAUUGUAUGCUGAGGCCAAAUGAAGGAGUCACAAGUUCAGAACGUCAAAAGUCACAGGCCAUUAUGUUCACAAGUCAUCAAGCACAAAUGGCUGGUGGGACAGAUAUAUCCAAGCCCAACAGUAACCCAGAAGAAGGAACUAAUGGAGAAGUGAAGGAAGGGGAAGCAGUCCCUGAGGAUAUCACUGACUUUUAUGAUAAAUUUGAGAAGGCAGAUGAAGAAGAAGAGGAUAAAAAUCUAAAAACUUUGUCAUUUGAAGUCAACCAAGAUAAAAUUGAGACCCUACAGAAAACUUGCAUUGGGCUUGAUUACCUACUUUUGGCAGAGUAUGACUUUAAGAAUGAUACUGUCAAUGAAGAUAUUAAAAUUGAUCUCAAACCUUCAGCUGUCUUAAGGCCAUAUCAAGAAAAGAGUCUGAGAAAAAUGUUUGGUAAUGGAAGAGCAAGAUCAGGUAUCAUUGUGCUCCCUUAUGGUGCAGGUAUAAGUUUAGUAGGUGUUACAGCAUGUUGCACAGUGAAUAAAAAGGCUUUAGUACUUUGUAACUCAGGAGUGUCUGUUGAACAGUGGAAACAGCAGUUCAAAAUGUGGUCAACUGCAACUGAUGAUAUGAUUUGUAGAUUCACCUCUGAUGCCAAAGACAAACCUUUCAAUGCAGGUAUUCUGAUUACCACUUAUGCUAUGAUAUCCCACAACCAGAAACGAGCCUAUGAAGCAGAACAAACAAUGAAUUGGCUGAAGGAACAGGAAUGGGGUAUUAUGGUUUUAGAUGAAGUACAUACUAUUCCUGCAAAAAUGUUCAGAAGAAUCCUUACCAUAGUCCAAUCCCACUGUAAGCUUGGCCUAACUGCCCCUUUGGUCCGAGAUGACAUAAUUGCUGACCUGAACUUCCUUAUUGGGCCAAAGUUGUAUGAAGCCAAUAGGCUUGAGUUGCAGAAGGAAGGAUUCAUUGCAAGGGUCCAGUGUGCAGACGUGUGUUGCCCCAUGACACCAGAGUUUUAUAGAGAGUAUUUAACAGGAAAGGUAUCUGACCAUAGAAUCAGGCUUCUUUGUGCAAUGAACCCUAACAAAUUUAGAACUUGUGAAUUUCUUAUCAAAUUCCAUGAGAACCGAAAUGACAAGAUUAUAGUGUUUAUUGAUGAGGUAUUUGCACUGAUUCAUUAUGCUAAAACUUUGGGAAAACCUUACAUCUGUGGUAAGACAGACCAGAAGGAACGUAUGGCCAUUAUUCAGGAUUUCACAUCAAAUCCCAAAGUCAACACUAUAUUCAUCAGUCGAGUGGCAGAUACUUCCUUUGGCUUUCCUGAAGCAAAUAUCGUGAUUGAGAUUUCGUCGCAGGGAGGAUCCAGGCGACAGGAGGCACAGAGGAUAGGCCGUAUCUUGAGAGCUCAAAAGGGUUCCAGAGCUGAGGGUUGCAAUGCCUUCUUCUAUGCAUUGCUUUCUCAAGACACAAGGGAGAUGGGAUACUCACGCAAGAGGAAGAGUUUCCUUGUCAAUCAGGAUUAUGCUUAUAUGGUGGUCACUCCUGCACAGCUGGUAGGAUUUAAUGAGGCACAGUUGCAUUACGACAGCAGAGAGGAAAAAGUGGCAUUGCUUGAGCAGAUCCUUGCCGCCACAGGAUCUGACAUGUAUGAGGAGGGUUUGGGAGGGGACCGUGCUGGAGGUGGUCCCAAGAAGGACCACCGGCAUGACCUCUUCAAAAUGUGCAGGCCCUAGUUUGUAGGAAAAAUACUAGUGAAUAAAUUUCCUAAUGAUAUUCCAUUUUCAUUUUUUCAAUGACAUCAUGGCAUCACACUUUUUCCCUUUCAUAAUGUGGGCCUUUCUCUCUAAAGUACACUGUGUAGUAUAUGGUAACUGGAAGACAAAAUUUGGUGUCUAACAUCAAGGGUUGAUAUCUGUGAUAUACAAAUUUACCGUAUUUUGUCAAAAGUUAGAUCAUUUAUGAAAUGUAUGUACUUUUUCAUUUAAUUUGUCCUAUCUUAUUAAGUUUCAGUGAUGAGCAUAUUUCAUUUGAA